UUUUUUUUUUUUUAUCUUUUUGCUAUGUAUUCCUUUGAUAUUACACUUGAAACACAUGUCAAGUUCUGCUCUUAUUGCCGCGAAAAAGAGACUGGAAACCAGUUUAAAAAAAUACGACAUACCCACCACAGACACACCUCAUUCAGUGGAUGCUUGUGACAGCGGUGUGUUGCUAUUAUCCUUACUACAAUCUCGUCUUCACUGGACCCAUUCUGUUUUUCCACGUUAUAAAUCCGACCCAUUACAACAACCAAAACGAACCAGUAAUUCACGCAAGAAAUGGCCCUUUAUGAAAUGGUUGGGCACGGGCCAUUUAGAAUUAGGUCCCCAUGUAUUUCCCAACACAACAUUUUAUGAAGCCAAACGAUCGACCCUUCUUUCAUCCAUUGCACAAGCCCAUGGUGUGGCAUGCGAGGACCAAGAGGCUAAGCUUGAAUUUGUCGAUAUUGUUUUUGAACUUGCUGAAAUUCCCAACGAACGAUUUAUUUUCCCUAAAGAAGCACUUGUCAGUCUCUCCGUCGAGAAUGGACCCAUCGAGUUACAUGCAUCGUUUGCAAUACCGUCUGAUACAACCGACACAUUCUUCUCAAGUCCACAAGAACAAUUAUACGCUUGUCAUGACAUGAAUUUACCUACACCUCUUUUAGACAUCUUGCGAGACCACCCCCCUCCUCCUCCCACCGACAAGGCUGAUAACAAGGUCUAUGAACCUGCCAAUAUUCGUAUCACCUUGUUAAAUCAGGUCACUUUAGACGCCCUGGAAGAUAACGUCUACCCACCCGACAAAGUCAAACACAGUCUUACCUCCAAAAUGAAAACAUUCCCGCGUAAGAAAUAUGUGCAAUACGAUUUGUCAGAACAAAGCACUGAUAAAUCCGAUGUCAGUGAGCUCGUUAAAAGAGCCAUGACCGUACCCGAUAUUACCACAGGUCCCAUCAUGGCCGAGAAAAAGCGUAAUGAAAUUUUAAACGCCAUUCGACUAGGCAAACGUCCACGCGAUCAUAAAUUUGAAGCCGAGCUGCCCAAGAACAAGUAUCAAAAUAAUGUAGCCAAGGAAGACGGAUUACUCAAAUGUGCCUACUGUAGCACACGGUAUACAGCCAUGUGGCAGCCCGGUCCUGCAGGCCACGGUACACUUUGUAACAGUUGUGGUAUUCAAUGGAAACGAAAGGAAAUCUUGAAGGGUGCACCCGUCAUUAGUCCUCACGAAGAGAAAAGACUGUUACGUGAAAAGAAGGAAAAGGAACGUGCCUUGGAGUUGGAAAGGGAGGAGGAAUUACUUCAACAAAAAAAGCAACUGCAGUUGCAGCAACAACAACAACAACAGCAAAAGAAGGUAUCGCAAAAGAAGGAGGAUACAAUACAUGUCGCCCCUGUGAAAAAAACCGUACCUACUACAACGAUCAAGAAAGUGAAAGGAGAAUCGAUGAAGAAAACAGAAGAGACGACUGUGGCGGUGGCAACGACCCCAUCAUCCGUGACGCCAGUUACCGUGGCAACCAUGGUGGCGCCGGUCACGACAAUCACAACGGCCACAACAGCCACAGCAGCUACAGUAGCUACAGCGUCUACAACAGGGGCGGCCACCCCCUCCACCACAUCAGGCGUAGUAGAAACAUCAACACAGAACUCCUUCUUUUUGUAUAGUCAAGGAGGUAUCCCUUUACCCACGCUAUUUAUUUCAUUUGGAACCACACAGACAUUUUCACAUCCGAAUUGCGCCGUGACCUUACUCGAUGGUCAUUUUCAUAUUCGAUUAUGUUGUAUGGAAGGGGAACAAAGUUUGAUCAAUUUGGAAAAAUCAGAUUUAGCCGAUGCUCAAUUUGAAAUUUCGACCCAACCCACUGGCGGAGAAGAGAUGGGAGGACCGGCACGAGAGAUAUUAACUAUGACAUUAUCUCCUUUGACAAGACCACUGAUCAUUGGAAACACAACCUUUACCUCGCAACACAUUACCAUUCAAUUUUUGGAGAAAAUUGAUCCAAGUGGCGGAGCUGUGGUUAAACGUAUUUUACAACGUUGGUUAGUUACCAUCCCUCAAUCUUCAUAACUAAACAAAUAAAAAAAAACUUAUGUGUAUGU